AUGCCGUCCCUCGCCGCGCCCAAGCGCCCCCACGCCCCCAACGACACCGCCGGCAGCUGUGACGAGGACGACGGACCGGCGCCACUGCCCCUACCGCCCGUCGCGAAGAAGCACAAGAAGCUGCGCUUCGAAGCCACGUACGUAGCCAACUUGCCCAGUGCCGCCAUGUACGAGCGCAGUUACAUGCACCGCGCGACGGUGUCCCACGUGCUCGUGGCGCCCGAGACGCAGUUUGUUAUCACGGCGAGCGUCGACGGCCACGUGAAGUUCUGGAAGAAGAUGGCGCAGUCCAUUGAGUUUGUCAAACAUUAUCAAGCCCACGUGAAGGCCGUGCAGGGACUGGCCGUGUCCACUGACGGCCUGCGGCUCUGCAGUACGUCGGCGGACCGCAGUAUCAAGUUCUACGAUGUAUUAGCUUUCGACAUGGUCAACAUGCUCACGGUCGCGUAUAGCCCGGGCGUGUGCUGCUGGAUCUCGGGGAAAAGGGGUUUGGCGCCAAAGGUCGCGGUCGCGGACACAAACGGGCCAGCGAUCCGUAUCUACGCGGCCGACAGUGCAACAGACGAGCCGACGUGCACCAUUAGUCACUUGCACGCGGCGCCCGUGACGGCACUGGCGCUCAAUCCCGUCGUCAAUUGCGUGCUAUCGGCCGAUCGAAACGGUGUGAUCGAGUACUGGGACACGGAGACGCACAAACUGCCACUUGGUGUCCAGUUCCGCUACAAAGGCGAGACGGACUUGUACGAGCUCGCCAAGUGCAAGACGUACGCCACGGCGCUCGACGUCUCGCGCGAUGGCUCAAAGUUUGUGGUCACGGCCAAAGACAAUCAGAUUCGUGUGAUGCGGUUCGUCACGGGCAAACUGCGGCGCAAGUACGACGAGAGCUUGGCCGUGUUUGAAGAUGCCCAGGCCGACGAGACGCUGCAGCUGGACGCGAUCGACUUUGGUCGUCGAGCAGCUGUGGAGCGGGAAGUGGCCGACUCGGACGUCGUGUCGAACUGCAUCUUUGACGAGUCGGGCCACUUUAUUCUCUAUGCGACGCUCGCAGGUAUCAAAGUCGUGAACAUUGAGACGAACAAAGUUGUGCGAGUACUGGGCAAAGUCGAGAGCUCGGAUCGUUUUCUGCAUCUGAGUCUGUUCCAAGGCAAGCCAAAAGUCGACACGCAGUUUGACAAGCACCUCAAGACCGCCUCGGGACUCAAGCACGAAGCACAGGUGAUGGCGGACGCUGCAGCUGAGCGCGACAAUGUCGACCCGACGCUCUUUUGCACUGCGUUCAAGCGCAACCGUUUCUUCCUCUUUUCGACCCGAGAGCCGGAAGAAGACGAAGCCGAAGAUGGCGGCACUGGCCGCGACGUGUUCAAUGAGAAACCUACGCUGGAAGAGGCUCAGGUCGCGUCAGAGUCCAGUACUGCCAAGGUGCUUGGCGAGACGGCUGUCGUCCACACAACGAUGGGCGAUAUCACGCUCAAGUUGUUUGGCAAGGAGUGUCCGAGGACUGUGGAAAACUUUUGCACGCACGCGCGCAACAAAUACUACGACAAUCUGCUUUUCCACCGUGUGAUCAAGAACUUUAUGGUCCAAACAGGCGACCCGCUAGGAGAUGGCACCGGUGGCGAGUCCAUUUGGGGCGGCGAGUUCGAAGACGAGUUCCACCGCAGCUUGCGCCACGAUCGUCCAUUCACGCUUUCGAUGGCCAACGCGGGUCCUGGCACGAAUGGCUCGCAGUUCUUCAUCACGACCGUACCUACACCGUGGCUGGACAACAAGCACACUGUCUUUGGUCGAGUGGAACACGGCAAAGACAUUGUAUCCAGCAUCGAGAGCGUACGGGUGGAUAAGUCGGACAAGCCCGUCAUCGACAUCAAGAUCAUUAAUAUUGACAUCGUCUAG